UGGAAUCUUUCAUUUGCUCAAAUACCCAGUUCUUCUUUUACCCAAUACUACUCGACUCCUAUGACUACUUCCUCUAUUUGAAAUGAACCAUGGAAGUACCAAGUGAGGACAGAUUCAGCGAUCUCCCAAACCCAGUGAUUCACCUCAUCUUCUCGUACCUCGAAACCAACGACAUCCCCCGUAUAAGUGGGGUCUCAAGAAAAUUCAGAGACGCAUGCACUUCGAGCCCCUACUUGGAUUUGCAAGCCGACUUUCUUGCAUUGAAAAGAUGCGGAUCGAAUUGCCAGGGAUUCCAGGACUUCGUUCAUCGAGUGCUGGGCCGGCGCAACGGUGUGGGGAUCCAUCGGUUGCGCCUUUCGUGGUUUUGCGCUCAGCCCUACUGCAAAAGGGCAGGGGCACUGAUAGAUGACUGGGUUAGAUACGCUACAGACUGCAAUGUUCAAGAGCUUGGUAUUGGGGUCUUUCCAGGUGAUGGUGAACUCUUUGUGAUUCCCCCGUGCCUCUCAAAUUGCCAGUCGUUGCGAGAGCUAACGCUGAACAUGAAAGGCAGUGGGCUUCUAUUGCAACUGGGAUUCUUCGCCUCUCUUGUUGAUUUAACCCUGGCUAAUGUAGAACUUUGUGCAACUUUUUCUGGGGGAGGAAUUGGACACUGGAUUUCUACUUCCUGCAAAUCUCUCAAGUUUUUAUGCCUUUACAAAGUUACCUGCUAUAGGAGCAAGGACAUGAGUAUUUCUAGUUCAUCUCUUCAACAUCUAAAUCUAUGUGCUUGCGAAUUUCCAGAGGCUUCCAAGCUUAGCAUCACUAGUGCCUCGCUUCAUCACUUCAGUAUGAGACGUUGCUUGUUUAAGGAACGGGGCAAGGUUGUCGUUAGGGCAGAAAGACUUGAAAACUUGAUUGUGGACGUGGUUUUUUCUUCCGAUUUUCCUAACUAUCGAUGUUUCCAGUUCAGUAUUUUCGCACCUAGUCUUGUGACCUUCAGCUGGAGAGGGCCUCCUGCUAGUUACAGUGACAAUUUGGAGCAUUUCUGGCAUCUAGAUGAAGCCAGUAUUAGUCUUGAGACUCUCGAUUUUCACCAUACUCGGCAAGAUAAGGAAUUUGCUCGCAAUUUCUUAGCAGGGCUGCUUCACAGUGUGAGAUAUACCCGAACUUUGAAACUUAAUACCAAGGUUUUCGCAUACUAUCAUCAUCCAGGAGUUUUUGUUGAUCUAAAGCACUUGGCUGUGGUUGUACGUCGUUUUGAGGAAGACCAAGAUCAAACAAUAUCCCCUUUUCUUCGUGGAUUGCGUAAUCUAAGUACUCUAACCAUAAAACUUGAUGCGGACAAUGAUGUAGUCGCCGAUCCAAAUGUUAUUGCUUUACUGUGGAUGAGAAGACAGAGGUAUGUUGCAAAAAACAGAAAACCUCGAAAGAUAGCAUUUUGUUUCCAUGAGAACGAGGAAGAUUUUGGCCCUGGAGAGGACAAUGAAGGGAUGCUCAAAUGGAUACUCGAGUGCGAGAAAGCCUUGGAUAAGGUGAAAUUUUACUAUUGAAAAUGAAAUCAUUACUCGGCAGUUGAAGACGCUGUGAACAAUACGUUCUACUCGUGAUGUUUCGAGCUAACAAAACUAGUUUUGGCCAGUAGUUCUCAUGUUUCAGCAAAAUAAUGAAACUGCAACAUGUUGAGAGUCUUGAGACUACUUAAAAUUGGACUUACAGGAAAUCUGUAGCUAUGGGGGAAGGAUUGAGUGCCCUAGAUUAUACUGUACUUAUUAAAUUCGAUUCAUCAAUAAUGCUUCUAUGCUACAGCUUGCCGAUCUGAAAUGCUUGAGGUCAUCUAUAAUGAACGUACUAUGCAUUUUCUUCA